UCAAAUCUACAAUAUUCUCUCGCUCUAAGAACUCUCUCUCAUAAUUUAGAUUUUUUUUUUUUGAGAUACGAUUUAAUCGGCGGUCCUGUUCCUCGGGAAUCAAUCCCUCGUCUUCCGUCUUUCAAUCCAGAUUUUUCAAGGUCUAGUUUUGAGAUAGAGAGCUCCUAGUUCAUCAAAUUCACACGCAAUGGAGGGUGAGGCAUUCUCAAGGCUUGGCGAUGGUAGUGACCAAAUGGACCCCAAAGUGGUGCAAACAUUACAAAAGGGUUUGGUUCAGGUCCAGACCAUAUUGGACCAGAACAGGCUGCUCAUGAAUGAGAUAAACAUGAACCAUGAGUCCAAGGUCCCUCAUAACUUGACCAGGAAUGUUGGGCUAAUUAGGGAGCUCAACAACAACAUUAAAAGAGUGGUUGGUCUUUACAAUGAUAUUUCAAGUUCAUUCAUCAAAUCAUCCAUUGAUGUAUCGUCUAAUGGGGAUGAUGAUGAUGGUGAUGAUCAUGGUUCUUCUUCAUGUGGUGGAGCUUUGAAAUCAAAUGGCAAAGGUUGUCAUAAAAGAAACCGGGUUGCUUGAUCUUUUGUUGAAAAAAAGAAAACCCAAUUUUGUUUGGUUGGUAAUUUUUUCGACAAUGGUGGCAAUUGUAACAUAUGUUAUGCUCAUUUCUAAUUUUUCUUAAAGCUACCAUA